GUCCCCAACUUAACGCAAUAUUUAAAAUUUUAUAAAAUUUCAGAUUGCAACAUGUUUAAACCAGGACUCGAAGUAUUUUCAAAGCUUCUGAAAAAUUCAUACAGUCAUAUUCGAUCUGUAUCUUCAUCAACUGCUUCCAUAACAAAAAUUCAUCGAGCAGUUUAUGCUAGAACUUACCCAACGGUUAUCGUGAAUUCUGAUGGUAGCACUUAUAGAACUCGUUACCAUGAACCUCGAGCAAUAAUUAAGCUUCCAAUUGAUAUUAGUCAACUAUCAGAUGCUGAAAGAAAAAUUCGUCUCGACAAAAGAAAACCUAAAAGAAAAGUUAAAAUUGAGGCUGAAGUUGAUGAUAAAUUCAAUUCAUCGAAAUAUUUAAAAUACAUGAAAAAGAAAUGAUUAUCUUUGUAGCAGCAAAUCAAUUAAUAAAUGUUCGAGUUAUAGGCAAUUAGGGUUUAUUUAAUCAGUGAUUAUCCUUUUUAAUUAUUCGUUUUUACAGAAAGAAGUGUGCAAUUAUUUUUAAGUGUCAGAAUUCAAAGUAGAAUCUGUCUUAUCUAUUAUUCCAACUGUUUCAUGACAGCAUUCAGAUGGUAGAGAGCAACGAGAGCAUCAAAGUCAAAGAAAACAAAAUGUAUUCAUCUUGAAUUGAAAAAGGAUGCUCGUUCAAUUGAGCAAACGUUGAACGAUAUUCAAAUGACAAUGCACAAUACAUUUAAUUAAAUAUACUUUAUUAGACUCUUCUUAUUUAGAUAAUCAUUUGUCGUUUUGA